AUGUGUUCUCAUAAAAAAAUAAAUAAACGAAACAAAACAAAAAACAAAACAAAACAAAACAAAAUUUUUAUCUCCCCUGAACAACCUACAAACAAUUUAGGGAUGUUACACGGUGGACAGGACAAGACAGAAACACAUAUGGUUUCUGAUACCGAAAUCUCCCCUGAACAACCAACAGACAAUUUAGAGAUGUUCAACGGCGGACAGGACAAGACUGAAACAAAUAUGGUUUCUGAAACCGAAAUCUCCCCUGAACAACCAACCGACAAUUUAGAGAUGUUCCUCGUUGAACAGGACAAGACAGAAACAAAUAUGAUUUCUGAUACUGAAAUCUCCACUGAACAACCUUCAGACAUCUUAAAGACGUUCUACGGUGGACAGGACAAGACAGGAACAAAUAUGGUUUCUGAUACCGAAAUCUCCUCUGAACAACCUACAGACGAGUUAGCUACGUUACACUGCGGACAGGACAAGACUGAAACAAAUAUGGUUUCUGAUACCGAAAAGAAAGAUAAACUGACAUUCAUUCGUCUUGAUCAGACCAGUACAGAGUCAGACCAACUGAUGGAUAAGGCAUAUCAGACUUGUACAGACCAACUUAUGGAUAAGGCAUAUCAGACUUGUACAGACCAACUGAUGGAUAAGGCAUAUCAGACUAGGGGGAAGUUUGAUACUGGUACUGAAUGUGGAAAAGAGUACCAGUGUAAUGUUUGUGGUAAAGAAUGUAAGGGUAAUGUUUGUGGUAAUGAAUGCCAGGGUAAUGUUUGUGGUAAUGAAUGCCAGGGUAAUGUUUGUGGUAAUGAAUGCCAGGAUAAUGUUUGUGGUAAAGAGUGCAAAACUAGUGCAUGUGGUAAACAGAUCAAAGGAAAGGCAUGUAACUUAUGUAAUAAAGGAUUUCGUCAGACUGGGGUCUUAAAGACUCGUAUUAUAAAACAUGAAGGCUAUAAACCUUACAAAUGUGGAGUCUGUGAAGUAGAUUUUAGUAGGAAGCAACACCUAGAAAUGCACAUGAGAACACAUACUGGUGCUAAACCAUACAAAUGUGAUUUAUGUGAUAAUACUUUUAGACAGGGUCAUCACUUACGGAAUCAUAUGAGAACACAUACUGGUGAUAAACCAUUCACAUGUGAUAUAUGUGAUAAGACAUUUAGUGAGCGUUCUCACAUGCAGAAACACAGGAAAACGCAUACAGGUGAAAACCCGAGUAAAAUAUGUAAAUGUGAUGUAUGUGAAAGGGAAUUUAGUCUGCGUUCUGACUUAAAGAGACACAUUAGAACACAUACGGGUGAUAAACCUCAUAAAUGUGAGAGACAUAUGCAAAUACACACAGGUGAUAAACCUCAUGAGUGUGAUGUAUGUGGUAAAGGGUUUAUUCAGCGAAAUACUUUACAGAGACACACGAGAAUACAUACAGGCGAUAAACCUCAAGAUUGUGAUAUUAGCCUGCAUAAUGACGGCGACAAAGAUGCUUGA